CCGCGGCAGAGCGGCCCUGAGGGGAGGCCGAGAAGAAGGCAAGGGGACCGUCGCCAUGGCGGACGUGUUGGAUCUCCAUGAGGCGGGCGGCGAGGACUUCGCCAUGGACGAGGACGGGGACGAGAGCAUCCACAAGCUGAAGGAGAAGGCCAAGAAGCGGAAGGGUCGCGGCUUCGGCUCGGAGGAAGGGUCGCGGGCGCGAGUGCGGGAAGACUACGACAGCGUGGAGCAGGACGGGGACGAACCGGGCCCCCAGCGUUCGGUGGAGGGCUGGAUCCUGUUCGUCACGGGGGUCCACGAGGAGGCCACGGAGGAGGACAUCCACGACAAAUUCGCCGAGUACGGGGAGAUCAAGAACAUCCACCUCAACCUGGACCGGCGUACGGGCUACCUCAAGGGCUACACGCUGGUGGAAUACGAGACGUACAAGGAGGCCCAGGCGGCCAUGGAGGGGCUCAACGGGCAGGACAUGAUGGGGCAGCCCGUCAGCGUCGACUGGUGCUUCGUGCGGGGGCCCCCCAAGGGCAAGCGAAGGGGCGGCCGCCGACGCAGCAGGAGUCCGGACCGGCGUCGCCGCUGACCGUCCCCCCGCCUCCCCCCCGAUCCUCAAUAAACGCGUCCCCCAGGUUUUCUAA